GUCAUAUAUGGAAAACGAUUACCCUCCUUUCUUGUUAAUAUUUACCGUUUCUGUCCAACAUCGUAUCUACAUCAAGCAACUCUCUCUCUCUCUCUCUGAGCUGCAGCCUGCAAGAAGAAAAGUGCUGUUACCGAAAAUGCCCCUCCUGGAGCAGUAUUACUACUUCUGGUAGUAGUUUCUUCAUCUCAAGGCGGUGACUCUCUAACUGUUCACUCUCUCUCAAAAGCCAGGAGAACUGUUCUUCUCUCUCUCUCUCUCUCUCUCUCUCUCUCUCAAAAGCAAGGAGAGGUCCUGUUCUUUUCUGGGAGAGGAAAUGGAGGAUGGAAAUGCAGAGAAGGGGAAUUUGGGUGUUGUGAAUGCAAGAAAUGAAGGAAAGGUUGAGGAAAAGACGACAUCGUCGGCGAGGGAUGUAUGGAAUGCUUUGGUAUGGCAUGGUGGGUCUGUUUUUGAUGCGUGGUUGAAUGCAGUUGCUGCUCAGGUUGGCUCUUUGAUCCUCACCCUGCCAUAUACAUUCGCUCAAAUGGGAUAUUGGUUUGGAGUGGGUUCACAGUUUCUCUAUGGUGCCUUUGGUUGCUGGACAGUCUAUCUUCUCAGCCUUUUUCAUGCAGAGGCUUCUCAAAGGACAAGAGCCACUGGCACUAUUCAUGAAAGACACGUUCUCCAGUAUCAUGAGGUGAUCAGUAUUGUUGCUGGAAAGAAACUGGGAAACCUGGUGCUGGCAUUUAACAUGACCGCUCUUACCUUUGCGUGCGUAUUGCAACUCAUUGCUUGUUCUAGUCAUGUCUAUUACAUGAACUCAAACUGGAACAAGAGGGAGUGGCUUUAUUUAUUUGGCACUCUUGCAAUCCCGACAGUUCUGUUACCUUCCGUUCACAAUUUUCGCAUCAUCUCUCUUCUGGGAAUUGCUACAACCAGCAUUACUUCAGCCUACAUGACAGUGGCUGCUGUCCAGCAUGGUCAGAUUGGACAAGUGACUCAUCAAGGACCCCAAAAUUUGGUGGAUUUCUUCACAGGAGCCACAAACAUCCUCUUUUCAUUUGGAAGCCAUGGACUCUGCAUUGAAUUAAUGGAGGCAAUGUGGAAACCUCGAAGAUAUAAGUUUGCGUAUAUAUUUGCAGUAAUGUACACCUACCUAUUAACCGUUCCAAAUUCUGUCUCGGUGUACUGGGCAUAUGGAGACAUCCUCCUCCAUCGAUCGAAUGCAUUUGGAGUCCUACCACCUUCAAAAAUGAAAAACGUCUGCAUAAUCUCCAUGAUUCUUCAUCAGUACGUAGCAUUCCUACUGAAUGCAAACCCUUUAUUUCUGGCAUGGGAGAAACUCGUCGGAGUUCAUUUAAGCAAUAUAUUCUUGCUUAGAGCGCUGGCGAGGGUACCGGUCGUUUUGGUUAUUUGGUUUUUUGCACUAGCGAUUCCUUUCUUUGGACCCAUAAACUCCAUCAUGGGUGCAUUCCUCAUUUCGUUCUCAGUCUAUAUAAUUCCAAGUGUUGCCUUCAUGAGAGCUUACUCAAAGAAGCAGUUAGAAACUGCCCAAGAUGAUAUUGCGAAACGCGGACGAUUGAUGUACUGGACGAGCGCUUUCGUGGCAACAUGGGUCUUUGUUUUUGGAUUUGGAUUUGGUGGAUGGGCGAGCGGGACGAACUUCAUCAGGCAAAUCCGUUCCUUUGGAUUCUUCGAAAAAUGCUACCAAUGCCCACCGAAACGCUGAUGCAGUCUCAAAGGUCCAGCAUGGCGCACUGUUACAUUCUGCCAAUUCAUCUGUUUGGCUUUCAAAUGCCAAAUACAAUGAUCUCGAAAGCUGUUCGUGCCUUUUCGCAUUAUUUAUUAAUGAAAACCAAAUAUCCCUUCUUUUUC